UUUGCAUUUCAUUUAGUUUCUUAGUUGUCAUUUUUAGAAAAACUUAACAAUUACAGUUUUGUUAUGGAGAAAGUGGCAAAUAAUUUAAUAAAAAGUGUGUCUUCUGGAGAAUUAGUCCAGCUGAAGUCCUUGUGGGCAAAUAAUUCUAUUGUAUUAUCUUUUGUUCGACGCUGGGGAUGAAAAUUAUGCCGUGCCUUAGCAUCAGAAUUGAGUUUAAUAAAACCUCUUUUAGAUGCUAAUGGCAUUGGCUUAGUUGCAAUUGGUCUUGAAGAACUUGGAAUAAAAGCUUUUGUUGAUGGCCAAUACUUUAAAGGAGAUUUAUACAUUGAUCAAGACUAUCACACAUACAAAGGACUGUCUUUAGGAAGAGUUGGUCUUCUUAGUGUUCCUUCACAGAUUUUGUCUAGUUUUACAAAGAACUUAAAUGCAAAGGCAAAUGCUCUUGGAAUAUCUGGAGAUCUGAAAGGAGAUGGUCUUCAAUUAGGUGGAACAUAUGUCGUAGAAAAAGGUGGAAAAGUGUUGUUUGAACAUAAAAUGACAGGGUUCGCUGAUCAUCCUUCUAUUGAAGAUUUAUUAAAAGCUUUAAAUAUUAAAUCUGAUGCCCUACCUUCAACUUCAAAAAGUCCAGGAAAGAUUACUUGCAACGAAGAUGCAUGUCAGUUAUAAUAAAAUAAGGUUUACGCGAGCCAAAUUGAUUUUCUUUACAAAAAUUAGGCAGAUAUAAUAAGAAAAUAUUUUGAAAUAAAUUUUAGGGUUCUAAUUUAACUUUAAGUAAAAUUCAUACGUUUUUAUUAAUAAUUUUUAUAUUAUUUCCUUGUUUUAUUAAAUCGAACUUAAAAUUCAAUCAUGUAUCUUAAUCAAUUUGGCCAUUAUGAUUUGCGUGUCUUUUUUUGCUAUUAUGAUUUGGGUGUCUUCUUUUGCGCGUUAAAACGCAAAAUGUAGUUUUUUUUAAAAAUUUGUCAAUUUCUAUUAUUGCUAAUUGUUUAUUCACAUUUCGGUAUUUCAAAAUUUUCAAUUAUGUAUAUUUUUUCGUAAUAUAUUUUUUAUUAUAAAAUAUUAUGAAGUUGUGAGAGGCUUUCCGCAAGGAACUCUUAGCGACUGAUGGAAAGUAUUUGGUAAACAAUAUAUUUGUAAAAAAAUACAAAUUAAAUAAAUUUAA